AUGAAUAAGGAAAAAAUUGACAACAUGCUGAUGGCAUAUAGUGAUGAAGUCAUUGAGAAUGGGAUGAUGAUUAAUUCAGAUAGUCUAAAGAAGGAUUUAAAGGAAGAUGUUAGUAGUAUUAAAAAUGUUGAAAAGAUAAUAUUUGAG